GUUUCUAAUACGCAACUGUGUGGGGAUACAUCUUUUACCCUCCUAUGGAUAUGAUUUCAUUAAUUCCAGUCUUGAGAGGAGACUAGCCUUCAUGCCUAUUGAAAGCUUCCCCAUUGAAAAUGUCGAACUUCCUUUAAAAAACAUUUCUUAAGCCGCGAUAUAGCCUUCAUUCAAGUCAACUUUCCUCAGCGUGUUAUUCAAAAACAAAACCGGAGACACAUCAGGGCCUAUGUAGGCCCUAUAAUGUUCGGCUGUGACGAAGGUCAGUGAGAUAAUGGAGAUCGAAUUACGCUUGCCACAGUGCACGACGUUACUGUCACACACACAUACAGGUUACACAGUAAAUACACAUAUAUAGUACAUGUACAUUGCCUCGGACUACAGGUGGAGAUGUUAAACAAGCCACGCCUUGUCCGGACUCUUUGAAGUUUGACGGGUUAUACAGCAAUAAUGGCGCCCAUUGGCAGGACAGAUUUUACUUUCACGGGAGAUUUCGAAGUGACCGAAGAGAUGCAGAAAGCGUUUGGGCAGGAGGGAUACCUUAUUGUCAGGUCUUUAGUAAGCGCUGAGGAAAUGGACGCCUUGCGAUCGGCCAUCGACCGGGACGGGGGCAUACGGGCCCACGCUUUCGAUCUGUCAGACGGGGAAGGCCGGUGCAGUAAGUUGAGCUUGUGGAACCACCCGGGCUCCGAUGUGACAGGGAUGCUGGCGAGAUGCGAGAAGGUGGCAGGCACCAUGGAAAAGAUUCUAGGAGGGGAGGUGUACCACUAUCACACCAAACUCAUGAUGAAGGAAGCAAGAACAGGCGGUUCACACGUGUGGCAUCAGGAUUAUGGCUACUGGUACAAAAACGGAUGUCUCUUCCCUGACAUGGGAUCUGUCUUUAUCGCCAUCGACAAGACAGACAAGGAAAAUGGGUGCUUGCAGGUACUUCGGGGUUCACAUAAGCUGGGCCGCAUUGAGCAUCUUAUGGUCGGGGGCCAGACUGGAGCAGAUGUAGCACGCGUCGAAGAAGCGAAGAAGGUGCUGGAGCUGGUGUACGUAGAGCUGAACCCCGGCGACGCGCUGUUCUUCCAUGCCAAUGUGCUGCACCGGAGCGACCGUAACGACAGCGAUAGAAGACGCUGGGUGUUCAUCAUCUCGUACAAUCGAGCCAGCAACAAUCCUUUCAAGGAGCACCACCAUCCCUGCUAUACGCCGCUACACAAGGUUCCCAACUCGGCAAUUCUGGAGAGCCGACAUAUCGAUGACAUCACAGGCAAAGCUUUUAUGGAUCCCAGGACGGACAAGACUAUCAAACUGGAAAACAAAUAAUCAGUCCAAUGAGGGCGCGCCUGCAUCGAGCAAGUGGUGUUGGUCCUUAACUCAUAACAUCGAAUAUGCCUACACAGGCUUCUACAAGUAUUUAUUUCCUCACCGUUUCAUAAAAUUCAGAAAGGUAUAUACAUUUUUAAAUGAAUUUCGAAAACAUCUCCCCCCCCACAUUUGGGGGGAGGGGGGUUGUAAACGAAAGUGAAGGGGAAAAAAGUCAAACACGAAAACCAAUAUGCAUUCCAAAAGAAAUAAAAAGUGGAGGGCUUUCUCAUAAUUGUCAGAGUUUGUACUUUGUCACAGUAAUCUUGGAAAAGUAAUUGCCUUGGAUAAAAUGUAGAAAUAACCCAGUCAUAUUAUGCUGAUAAUUGCGCCAUUAACAUCAUGUUUAGAAUGCGGUUUCAUCUUUCGUCAGCAUUUUAAGGAAAGAAUUGAUGCAGCUAAUUUUAAGUAAUUUGAAAUCAAAGGGUAAAUAUUAUGUUACAAAACUUAUAAAACUGCAGUGUUAAGGACGAGAUAAAACGU